AUGAAUUUGGUCUAUGUGGUGUGUGUGUUUCUUUUGGCAAUUGGCUUCCACUUUCUAUCCCUUCAUGCCGACAAUUCUCCCAAAGAUUUCAUUAGCAUCGACUGUGGCGGAGUUGUUGAUUCCGUAGACUCCGAGAGUGGAUUUCCAUACAAAUCAGAUCAAAAUCUCAUAGAUUCAGGAGUUAUCGGUCAGAUUUCCUCAGACAUUGCCGAUAAUUAUCGUCUUCAAUACAGACACCUAAGAAGUUUUCCCCACGGCGUGAAGAACUGCUACACUCUCCGCCCAGAUUCCGGCAGAAACAACAAUUACUUGAUCAGAGCCAUUUUCGUUUAUGGCAAUUACGACGGUAAAAACACUACCCCUGUUUUCAGCAUCUAUGUCGGCGUUAAUCUGUGGAGUACCAUCAUAUACGACGAUACUAGAACGGAGGCCAUUGUCGUGCCUCCCACAGAUUACAUAGACGUAUGCCUUGUCAAUAUUGGGAAUGGAGUCCCUUACAUUUCUACCUUGGAAUUACGCCCCUUGGAUAACUCUGUUUAUCGCACUGAUCCCCAGCAGUUCCUGGUCUUGUCCACUCGACGCGAUGUUGGCGGCGAUUAUAGACUCAGAUAUCCACAGGAUGUUGAUGAUCGAAUCUGGGUAGAGUAUGAUGAUGACUUCAAUUUAUCGUGGUUGAAGAAGAUUCAGACGAACGGGAGCAUCACGCAGAAUAGUAAUGAUCCGUACAAAAUACCAGCAUCGAUGUUGAAAACCGCUUACGGAACCCUAAAUUCCAGUGUUCCUUUCGUCUAUGAGUGGUUCCCUUACGACUUCAGCCCUACUAUAUAUUUCUGCUUUCAUUUCGCUGAGAUUGAGAAGUUAAGUUCUGGAACGGUUCGAGAAAUGAGUAUUGUGUUGAAUGACAUCUACACCAUUGCACCAUCUGUAAUUCUUCAGUAUCUCGUACCACAAACCAUAUGCACAACUUCCGCUGGUAUCCCUGUUAAUAUCAAUGAAGAGAAUUACUUGCGAAUUUCCGCUGCUUCCGGUUCGAAACUUCCUCCCAUUAUCAAUGGGUUUGAGCUUUUUUACUUCGCAAACCUCUCUUAUUCACCUACAUUCUCACAGGAUGUUAAUGCUGUAAUGGACAUAAAGAAUACGUUCAAGCUAUUGAACAGUGACUGGCAGGGGGAUCCAUGUUUGCCUGAAUUUUCUAUAUGGAGUGGUUUAAACUGCAGCCACGGUAAUCCUCCUAGGAUCAUUUCACUGAACUUGAGUAGGAGCAAUUUAACAGGAGAGAUCCCAUUUUCCAUCUUGAAUCUCACUCAAUUGGAGACUCUGGAUUUAUCCUACAAUAACUUAAGUGGAUCACUUCCAGAAUUUCUAGCACAACUACCUCUUCUGAAAAUCCUCGAUUUAACUGGUAAUAAUCUUGGUGGCUCAGUUCCGGAAGCACUUCAUGUGAAAUCUAUAGAUGGAGUUUUGGAUUUGAGAGUGGGUGAUAAUCCAGAACUCUGUUUGUCACCUCCUUGCAAGAAAAAGAAAAAGAAAGUUCCUGUUCUUCCUAUCAUCAUUGCUGUAGUAGGAAGCGUCAUCCUAAUUAUAGCCUUGGUCGUACUUUUAAUUUAUAAGAGAAGCAAGAAAAAGAAUUCGAGAAAUUCGACGGAAGAGAAAAUUUCACUAAAGCAAAAACAUCGGGAGUACAGUUAUUCUGAAGUCGUGAGUAUUACAAAUAAUUUCAAAGACAUCAUUGGAGAAGGAGGAUUUGGAAAAGUAUAUAAAGGUGCUUUGAAAGAUAAAACUCUGGUUGCUGUUAAGCUGCUCUCAUCAACGUCAAAGCAGGGCUAUAGGGAAUUUCAAACUGAGGCGGAACUCUUAAUGAUUGUUCAUCACAGAAACUUGGUUUCUCUUGUUGGAUAUUGCGACGAGGGUAACACCAAGGCCCUCAUUUACGAAUACAUGGUCAAUGGAAAUUUGCGGCAACGUUUAUCUGACGCAAACACAGACGUUCUGAGUUGGAAUGAAAGACUUCAAAUUGCAGUGGAUGCAGCACAUGGACUUGAUUAUCUACACAAUGGUUGCAAGCCAACAAUAAUCCACAGAGAUUUAAAACCUGCCAACAUACUAUUAGAUGAUAUGUUGCAAGCCAAAAUAGCUGAUUUUGGAUUGUCUAGAACUUUCCAAGUUGAAAAUCAACCUGAAAUGUUAACACGAUUAGCUGGAACACCAGGGUACUUUGAUCCUGAAAGCCAAACGCUUGGAAAUUUGAAUAAGAAAAGUGAUGUAUAUAGCUUCGGGAUAAUCUUAUUUGAGUUGAUCACUGGCUCCACUGCAAUAACAAGAAGCUACAAUGGAAAUAACAUUCACCUUCUAGAUUGGGUUGCUCCAAUAAUGAAGAAAGGGAAGAUUGAAGAUGUGGUUGAUGUGAGAAUAAAAGGAGAAUUUAACCAUAACUCAGCUCGUAGAAUGGCGGAGAUAGGCAUGUCAUGCACCAAACCAAAUGGUAACCAAAGGCCUGACAUUAGUGUUGUUUUGGAGGAGCUUAAGGAGUGUUUGGCAGUGGAGAUGAGUACACUUUCAGAAAGCUGUGAAUUUUCUUCAACAAUUUUAUCUGAGUUUAAUGUUGGUCCUAAUCUUAGGUGAUUGAGUUUCAUUUUUACCUUCAAACACAACAAUAUCUAGUUGUCAUGACUUGUGUGUAUACCCCUGAUUUUUUACAUUUUUUUUCCCCUCUUUUUUUCAAAGCUAGAAGAUUAUAAGUUGUUGCACAUA